AUGUCCCCCGCCCUAAACUACGGCCAACAAGCCUACGAAGGCAUGAAAGCCUUCCGCACCCCCGGCGAUACCUCCAUCACCAUAUUCCGCCCCACCAAAAACGCUGCUCGUCUCGCUCAUUCCGCAGCAUUCAUCUCGAUCCCUCCUGUCCCCGAGAAUAUAUUCAUGGACUGUGUACAUGCAGCCGUAUCCCUCAAUGCCGAAUACGUACCGCCUCAUGACAGCGGCGCCGCCAUGUAUAUCCGUCCUUUGAUUUUCGGUUCGAGUGCUCAGUUGGGUUUGAGUCCUCCUGAGGAAUAUACUUUCUGUGUCUAUGUCCUCCCAGUAGGUGUCUACCAUGGUGUACAUCCAGUCAAGGCCUUGAUUCUGGAAGAAUUCGAUCGUUCUGCUCCGCAUGGAACGGGAAGCGCAAAAGUGGGUGGAAAUUAUGCGCCGGUUUUGAGAUGGAGUGAUAAAGCGAGGAAUGAGGGUUAUGGUAUCACAUUACAUUUGGAUAGUCAAACGCGCACCGAAAUCGAUGAGUUUUCAACCAGUGGAUUUAUUGGUGUAAAGACAGAUGGAGACAAUGUUACAUUAGUGGUUCCGGACAGUAAGAAUGUUAUUGCGAGUGUAACAUCAGAUAGUAUUUUGGAAAUUGGAAAGAGUUUUGGUUGGAAAACAGAAGUUCGCUCGAUCCAAUACUCGGAACUCCCCAUCUUCACCGAAGUAAUGGCCGCCGGUACCGCCGCCGCCCUCGUCCCCAUCCGCUCCAUAACCCGCACCUCGGACUCCAAAACCACCGAAUACAUUCCCGCAUCGUCAGAAGAACCAGGCGCCAUCUGCAUCAAAUUACUCACUACCCUCAAGGGAAUCCAAGCUGGAAAAAUUAAGGAUACUUUUGGUUGGAAUAAGAUUGUGGAGAAACUUGAUGCCAAGGAUUUUACUACUGCUGAGACAAAUGGGACUGAAUAA